CGUAAUUAAACAUCAGUUAAAUCGCAUGCCUAAAGAUACUGCCAAAAACGUGUUUAUUUUGAUGUGGCGUGGGUUUUUUUUGUGAGGAAUGUGCUUCUGAUUAUUCCGAUAUGCACAAAUACCGGCUGUUUUCGAUCAGAAAGGAAGUGCUUUACAAUCUGCCAUCGAAAUUCUGCGUUUUUUCCCAUUUUAUUUUUUGUUAUGACUAAAAAUUCGCGCCAAUAACAAGCGCAAAUUAGGUUAAUGGCCUAAUUUUUUAUUCUGGGAAGUCUGCUCCCGAUUCCCGGGUCGCUUCGAGAUGACGCUGACCCAUUUAGAAAUCGGGAGCGGCACGCACUUAUAAUCGCAGUUUUAUUAUCACAGUUCCAAUUACCUACAUUUCUGGAACAAGAAUUAACACUGACUUGAAGUAGUGUGUAUAAAAUUUACAAUUUAUGUUUGCAUAUAUGAAUUCUUAAUGAUCAAAUUGAACCCGUAAACAAAAUCCUAAGUAUUAGCAUAAGUACAAAUUACCUAAAAAUAAAGCGUAAUUUCUUUAAAAAUUAAUCUUUAAUUUUCAUUUUUCAGAAAUAUGGUAUAAGCCAUAAAGAAACAAUAGAAUAUUCUGGGCAAUAUAUACAAAUAUUCCGCAUCAUUAAUUUAACAUUUAGGGGUCGAGAUCUUGAUAACUGCAGUCUUGAAUGACUGGAAUAUUUUGGGUUCAAGAAGUUCGUAUUAUUCUACCUUUGUACCUUUGUACUUCAUUGUUAACUCUCGCCAUCGUAUCGGCAAAAGUUCGUGGAAUUCAGCAGCGGGAAUAGCAUCACAUCGGUCUGUUUAUGUCGAUUUAGGGGUAUUAUCAAUACCGAGCGGGGUUUUCAUGCCGAAGCACGUAGCAGCGCAGCUUUAGUGGGCGGGAUGGUGACUUCAGGGAAAGUUUUCUUUGACCAGGCUACACCUGAACCCGACCCUGUCCUCCAGUCAAGGUCGUUCGACGAGAAAGUGACCCCAAGAUCCCAAGAAGAUUUCAUUUAGCGCGAAUAAAGAGCAAUGAUUUCAUUCACCUCCAACUGAAAUCGAGAGCAACAGCUGCAAAAAACUAAUGCAUGGUUUUCUGAGCACAGCUUUUGGAGAUCUUCUCGGUUUUAUCACGGUUAUAUAAGCCGUGUGGACCGCUCCCACAGUCAGUCCAAACUUUUAACGAGCCAAGAACAGAGUAGUGAGCCACAGAUCCGAUAAGAACAUCAACACAAUGCUAGCCUGCAAGCUUCUUCUCUCUUUGGUGAUGGGAAUGCACUGCAUUCAACUGCUAAUGGCGGCCUGCGUGUGCUCCGAGAAGGGAACGGACUACUGCCAGAGCUGCCAGGGAUCCACGGUGAUCCGGCCGAAGCCCCGAUACUACGAGCCCAGUGACGUGAACCUCUCGCCGAUCGGGGACAACUGCUGGUGCAGCAAGCAGCUGAUCGAGCCGGCCCAAGUGCCCAAGACCUGCGGAAAAACCACGCCGUGCAAGCCCACCUGCUCGUGCCAGCAGGGCUCAUCCUCAUCCUCUGACAGCAGCUACGCCUCCUCCGACAGCUCCGGAUCCGUCUACGGAAAAAUCGACUAUGCGGCGGAGAAGACGGCGGACAACAGUCCGGCCGCGGAUCCCAUCAGCGUGAGUCUGGCCGCCCAGGCCGGAAAGGCCAUCAAUGUGCCCGAGGCGAAGUUGGCCUACGGAUUUGCCCAGAAACCGGUGGAUGGUGAGAAGAAGGUGGUCUUCUCCAACGUGCCCGAGGAGAAUCUCUUCAAGCUGAAGAGCGAGGUGAUCACGCUGAAGAAGCGCAACUUUGUGGCCAAGCAGGAGGAGGAGGAGGAGUACGCCGAGGAGGAGCAGGAACAGGAGCAGUCCUCCGACGAUGAGGAGGCGCCGCAGCUCACCUACAAGCAGCUGGGCUACAUCACCGAGCAGUACAAGAACCCCAAGUUUAGGAGGAUCAGCAGCUCCAGCUCCAGCUCCAGUUACUCCAAGGACUACAGCGAUGGCUACGGCAAGGUGGCCGGCAAGGUGUCCGUGGACUGUGGCUUCAAGCCAGGCAGGAUCACCUCGUACCGGAAGGCCAAACGCGAGGAGUCCGAGGACGGCUACUACUAAACAGAUCCCAUCUAACACCGAUCCUUCCGUUUGUACAUAUUAUAUACGCUAAGGAGUGAUUGGAUGUCUGUCUAAGUUAGGUUUAGAAAUACAUAUUUAUACAAAGUGCAAAA